AUGACAGAUAUCAACGAAAUUAUUAAUGUUGAAGAUUCUCAUUCGCCUUUCUUUUUACCACCUUUAAAGGACAUCCCUAUAGUAACUUCUAAAGGAUCAAGUAUGCCAACUUCACCUCCAGCUUCAACUACAGAAAAUGAUUCAACGGAUGUUGAAUUCGAGCAUAAUAUCAAAUCAAGUACAUUCGUGUCAACAAUCUCGUCGACGCUGUCAGUAGAUAAUGAUUCCAAUGAAUCUGAUGCUCAAUUCUCAAAAACAAAAAUUAAAGAAGAUAUGAAAGAUAGCAUUCUGAAAGAAAUUGAUGUAAAGCCUGGGUUUGGUAUGAAACCUACAUCCCCGGGUUCUUCUGACGAUAGAUUGUCAUUACUUGAACAGCGUAAUAGCCCAACGGAAACGAGUACAAUCAAUUCAAUGACAGAUAUCAACGAAAUUAUUAAUGUUGAAGAAGAUUCUCAUUCGCCUUUCUUUUUACCACCUUUAAAGGACAUCCCUAUAGUAACUUCUAAAGGAUCAAGUAUGCCAACUUCACCUCCAGCUUCAACUACAGAAAAUGAUUCAACGGAUGUUGAAUUCGAGCAUAAUAUCAAAUCAAGUACAUUCGUGUCAACAAUCUCGUCGACGCUGUCAGUAGAUAAUGAUUCCAAUGAAUCUGAUGCUCAAUUCUCAAAAACAAAAAUUAAAGAAGAUAUGAAAGAUAGCAUUCUGAAAGAAAUUGAUGUAAAGCCUGGGUUUGGUAUGAAACCUACAUCCCCGGGUUCUUCUGACGAUAGAUUGUCAUUACUUGAACAGCGUAAUAGCCCAACGGAAACGAGUACAAUCAAUUCAAUGACAGAUAUCAACGAAAUUAUUAAUGUUGAAGAUUCUCAUUCGCCUUUCUUUUUACCACCUUUAAAGGACAUCCCUAUAGUAACUUCUAAAGGAUCAAGUAUGCCAACUUCACCUCCAGCUUCAACUACAGAAAAUGAUUCAACGGAUGUUGAAUUCGAGCAUAAUAUCAAAUCAAGUACAUUCGUGUCAACAAUCUCGUCGACGCUGUCAGUAGAUAAUGAUUCCAAUGAAUCUGAUGCUCAAUUCUCAAAAACAAAAAUUAAAGAAGAUAUGAAAGAUAGCAUUCUGAAAGAAAUUGAUGUAAAGCCUGGGUUUGGUAUGAAACCUACAUCCCCGGGUUCUUCUGACGAUAGAUUGUCAUUACUUGAACAGCGUAAUAGCCCAACGGAAACGAGUACAAUCAAUUCAAUGACAGAUAUCAACGAAAUUAUUAAUGUUGAAGAUUCUCAUUCGCCUUUCUUUUUACCACCUUUAAAGGACAUCCCUAUAGUAACUUCUAAAGGAUCAAGUAUGCCAACUUCACCUCCAGCUUCAACUACAGAAAAUGAUUCAACGGAUGUUGAAUUCGAGCAUAAUAUCAAAUCAAGUACAUUCGUGUCAACAAUCUCGUCGACGCUGUCAGUAGAUAAUGAUUCCAAUGAAUCUGAUGCUCAAUUCUCAAAAACAAAAAUUAAAGAAGAUAUGAAAGAUAGCAUUCUGAAAGAAAUUGAUGUAAAGCCUGGGUUUGGUAUGAAACCUACAUCCCCGGGUUCUUCUGACGAUAGAUUGUCAUUACUUGAACAGCGUAAUAGCCCAACGGAAACGAGUACAAUCAAUUCAAUGACAGAUAUCAACGAAAUUAUUAAUGUUGAAGAUUCUCAUUCGCCUUUCUUUUUACCACCUUUAAAGGACAUCCCUAUAGUAACUUCUAAAGGAUCAAGUAUGCCAACUUCACCUCCAGCUUCAACUACAGAAAAUGAUUCAACGGAUGUUGAAUUCGAGCAUAAUAUCAAAUCAAGUACAUUCGUGUCAACAAUCUCGUCGACGCUGUCAGUAGAUAAUGAUUCCAAUGAAUCUGAUGCUCAAUUCUCAAAAACAAAAAUUAAAGAAGAUAUGAAAGAUAGCAUUCUGAAAGAAAUUGAUGUAAAGCCUGGGUUUGGUAUGAAACCUACAUCCCCGGGUUCUUCUGACGAUAGAUUGUCAUUACUUGAACAGCGUAAUAGCCCAACGGAAACGAGUACAAUCAAUUCAAUGACAGAUAUCAACGAAAUUAUUAAUGUUGAAGAUUCUCAUUCGCCUUUCUUUUUACCACCUUUAAAGGACAUCCCUAUAGUAACUUCUAAAGGAUCAAGUAUGCCAACUUCACCUCCAGCUUCAACUACAGAAAAUGAUUCAACGGAUGUUGAAUUCGAGCAUAAUAUCAAAUCAAGUACAUUCGUGUCAACAAUCUCGUCGACGCUGUCAGUAGAUAAUGAUUCCAAUGAAUCUGAUGCUCAAUUCUCAAAAACAAAAAUUAAAGAAGAUAUGAAAGAUAGCAUUCUGAAAGAAAUUGAUGUAAAGCCUGGGUUUGGUAUGAAACCUACAUCCCCGGGUUCUUCUGACGAUAGAUUGUCAUUACUUGAACAGCGUAAUAGCCCAACGGAAACGAGUACAAUCAAUUCAAUGACAGAUAUCAACGAAAUUAUUAAUGUUGAAGAUUCUCAUUCGCCUUUCUUUUUACCACCUUUAAAGGACAUCCCUAUAGUAACUUCUAAAGGAUCAAGUAUGCCAACUUCACCUCCAGCUUCAACUACAGAAAAUGAUUCAACGGAUGUUGAAUUCGAGCAUAAUAUCAAAUCAAGUACAUUCGUGUCAACAAUCUCGUCGACGCUGUCAGUAGAUAAUGAUUCCAAUGAAUCUGAUGCUCAAUUCUCAAAAACAAAAAUUAAAGAAGAUAUGAAAGAUAGCAUUCUGAAAGAAAUUGACGUAAAGCCUGGGUUUGGUAUGAAACCUACAUCCCCGGGUUCUUCGGACGAUAGAUUGUCAUUACUUGAACAGCGUAAUAGCCCAACGGAAACGAGUACAAUCAAUUCAAUGACAGAUAUCAACGAAAUUAUUAAUGUUGAAGAUUCUCAUUCGCCUUUCUUUUUACCACCUUUAAAGGACAUCCCUAUAGUAACUUCUAAAGGAUCAAGUAUGCCAACUUCACCUCCAGCUUCAACUACAGAAAAUGAUUCAACGGAUGUUGAAUUCGAGCAUAAUAUCAAAUCAAGUACAUUCGUGUCAACAAUCUCGUCGACGCUGUCAGUAGAUAAUGAUUCCAAUGAAUCUGAUGCUCAAUUCUCAAAAAAAAAAAUUAAAGAAGAUAUGAAAGAUAGCAUUCUGAAAGAAAUUGAUGUAAAGCCUGGGUUUGGUAUGAAACCUACAUCCCCGGGUUCUUCUGACGAUAGAUUGUCAUUACUUGAACAGCGUAAUAGCCCAACGGAAACGAGUACAAUCAAUUCAAUGACAGAUAUCAACGAAAUUAUUAAUGUUGAAGAUUCUCAUUCGCCUUUCUUUUUACCACCUUUAAAGGACAUCCCUAUAGUAACUUCUAAAGGAUCAAGUAUGCCAACUUCACCUCCAGCUUCAACUACAGAAAAUGAUUCAACGGAUGUUGAAUUCGAGCAUAAUAUCAAAUCAAGUACAUUCGUGUCAACAAUCUCGUCGACGCUGUCAGUAGAUAAUGAUUCCAAUGAAUCUGAUGCUCAAUUCUCAAAAACAAAAAUUAAAGAAGAUAUGAAAGAUAGCAUCUGA